UCAUAUUCACAACAGCUACAGUAUUCGUUUAAAAAUAGCAGCCUUAAAAAAUAAGCUGCAUAAAAGCAAUCCUUAAUUAUUUACCAGAUUGAAUAAGUCAGUGAAUCAGCCAUUGAGACUGAUCAAUAAUACAUUGUCAUUUUGCGCACGGUCACGCAGGGUGCAAAUUAAUAAACCUGGAUAUGGUUUAUUAAUUUAGACGGGGUUCUGAUAAGAAAUCAGUCGGUGUGCUGUGAAAGAGAGAUACAUCGACGUUACGCUUCUUCAGACGGAGGGAGUCAGAGCGACUGCUGGUUUCGAGGCGGGAGGACACAUGGGUCGACUCCGCAACCUUUCAUUUUUGCUCUUAUGUGUGUGUUAAAUACGACAAGGAAUCCGGCAUGAACACUUACGGGCUUUCCAGCGUCCACUCCUGACGUCUCUGCGCCUCGGUGUUUUCCUUCUUGGAUUUGGGGAGACGUUUCGCGUUAUGUUCAGUGCUGAAAACGGGACUGCGGACGAUAUUUUAUUCGCUCAUUCGCGUCUCAUGUGGACUUGCUAUCAGUGAGUCGCGUGUCAAACAUCGCAUGACGAUGCGAGUUGUUGUUUUGUUAGGAUUUUGACGCGAGCGCGGUCAUUUGAGUUUGUAAAUUGACAUGUCGGAUAGUUUUUCGUCGUUUUGUGCGUCUUUAUCACGAAUGUUCUCCCUCCGUUAAUUCUGUGGACUGCUCCAUUCGUUUCUUAUCUGCAUGCAUCCGCACGAAGAAGGAGAAAACGCCAGAUAAACGACAGGAGGACUGAAGAAUGAAUGAGAUUCACUGAAGAUCAGGAGGAAACGCAGUAAGGUUCUCCAUCAGUGAGAGGGCGUGAGGGAAGGAGUGCCCUGCAUUCAAGCUCCCGCUGACCGCACUCCCCCCACCACCCUUCGCUCCGUCCACAGCAUGGCUCUCGCUCUCUGGAUCCUCUUUACCUGCACCAUCGCCCUGAGCAACGUCAGCCCCUCAGCCCAGGCGUUAAGUCGCUCUGCAAUGCCAUUUGGUCUGAUGCGGAGGGAGUUGGCAUGUGAGGGUUACCCCAUUGAGCUCCGCUGCCCUGGCAGUGAUGUCAUCAUGAUCGAAACAGCCAACUACGGUCGCACGGAUGACAAGAUCUGUGACGCUGACCCCUUUCAGAUGGAGAAUGUACAGUGCUACCUGCCGGACGCCUUCAAGAUCAUGUCACAAAGGUGUAAUAAUCGGACUCAAUGUGUGGUGGUGGCUGGGUCUGAUGUUUUUCCUGACCCCUGUCCAGGAACCUACAAGUACCUGGAGAUCCAGUAUGAAUGUGUGCCAUACAUCUUUGUAUGUCCCGGGACUCUCUUAAGGGUGCAGGCAGCAAGUUUGCUGCAGGAGGUGGAGCAUCAGUCGGGGGCAUGGUGUAAGGAUCCCCUCCAGUCUGGUGACCGUCUUUACGUCAUGCCCUGGACUCCGUACCGCACAGACAUGCUGUAUGAGUAUGCUUCAUGGGAAGACUUCAAGCAGAAUCGAGCCACAACCACUUACAAGCUGCCAAAUCGUGUGGAUGGAACAGGUUUUGUCGUGUAUGAUGGUGCUGUUUUUUACAACAAGGAACGCACACGCAAUAUUGUGAAAUAUGACUUGCGCACACGUAUAAAGAGUGGAGAAGCCAUAGUCAAUAAUGCAAACUAUCAUGACACCUCACCAUACCGCUGGGGGGGCAAAUCUGAUAUUGACCUCGCAGUCGAUGAAAAUGGCUUAUGGGUCAUCUACGCUACAGAAGCCAACAAUGGACGACUUGUGGUCAGCCAGGUUAACCCCUACACUCUGCGCUUCGAGGGAACCUGGGAGACGAGCUUUGAUAAGCGACUGGCAUCCAAUGCUUUUAUGGCGUGUGGUGUUCUAUAUGCUGUCCGCUCUGUUUAUCAGGAUGACGACAGUGAAGCAGGUGGAGAUCUGGUGCUGUAUGCGUACAACACCAACCGAGCACGGGAAGAGCCCGUCCACAUCCCAUUCCCCAACCCCUACCAGUACGUGUCCUCUGUGGAUUACAACCCACGAGACAAUCAACUUUAUGUCUGGAAUAACUACAAUGUGCUGCGCUACCCCCUAGAGUUUAGCCCACCGGAUCCCACCGCUGGUCCACUCGAUCCCACUCAGAUGAGCAGCAGCACCACCACUGCAGCUGGACCUGUCACUUCUAGCUCCAUCCCCUCAACUAUGCGACCUCUGCCCCCAACCGCUCACCCAAUAGGGGCAAUUAACAAGGCACCAGACCUGCGACCUAUCACCGCCACUGUGCCAGUGACUCGCAGACCCCUGCGCGUCCCACCACAGGGUCCUGAGCUCCAAGUGUGCGAAGCCAGAGUAGCACGAGGGGUGCAGUGGCCUGCCACCCAGAGGGGGGAAACUGUAGACAGGCCGUGCCCUAAAGGAUCACUAGGCAUUGCAUCCUUUCAGUGCCUGUCUUCUCCUGUGCUGUGGAAUCCUCGCGGCCCUGAUCUAAGUAACUGCACCUCGCCGUGGGUCAACCAGGUGGCCCAGAAGAUAAAAAGCGGAGAGAAUGCUGCAAACAUCGCUGCUGAGCUGGUGAACCACACGCAGGGCCGCAUUCACGCCGGUGAUGUCAGUUCCUCUGUCAGACUCAUCGAGCAGCUAUUGGAUAUAUUAGAUGCACAGCUGCAAGCACUCAGACCCGGGAAUAAGGAAUCGGCAGCCAGGAACUACAAUAAGUGGCAGAAGAGAGAGAGGACCUGCCGGGCUUAUGUUCAGGCGGUUGUGCAGACUGUGGAUAAUCUUUUGCGGGCCGAAGUUUUAGAGUCGUGGCAGGACAUGAAUAGCACGGAGCAGGCACACACCGCCACCAUGCUAUUGGACGUCAUGGAGAAAGGAGCCUUCCUGUUGGCCAAUAACAUGUACAAUAAUCACUUUUCAGACCACGCUGCCAAUGUAGAUCUAGAGGUGCGUGUGUUGAACACAGAGACAGAGUCCCAGGAUCUGUCGUUCCCUCAGAACGGUCCCAGUGACAGCAGCAUCCAGCUUUCGGCCUCCACCUUCAAACAGUACAGCCGCAACGGCCAGGUAAAAGUGGUCUUUGUGCUUUAUAAGAACCUGGGUUCGUUCCUGUCCACUGAAAACGCCACAGUGAAGAUGGAAAUGGAGGCGGGGCCUGGUGGGCGGGGCCUGGCAGUGAAUUCACACGUCAUCGCAGCGUCGAUCAAUAAAGAGUCCAGUCGUGUGUUUCUGACUGAGCCGGUGGUGUUCACACUUAGACAUUUACAGCUGGAGAAUCAUUUCAGCCCAAACUGUUCAUUCUGGAACUACUCCGAGCGGUCGAUGACGGGCCAGUGGUCAUCUCAGGGCUGCAGGCUGAUGGAAACCAACAGCACACACACAACUUGUUCUUGUAGCCAUCUAACCAACUUCGCCGUGCUAAUGGUACACCAUGAACCUGAUUAUCCAGGCAGGAUGCACGAGUUGAUCCUCUUUGUGAUCACAUGGGUGGGUAUCGUCAUUUCGCUGGUGUGUCUCGCCAUCUGUAUCUCCACCUUCUGCUUCCUGCGAGGCCUGCAGACCGACCGUAACACCAUCCACAAAAACCUGUGCAUCAACCUCUUCAUCGCCGAGCUCCUCUUCCUCAUCGGCAUCGACAAGACGCAGUACCACAUUGCAUGCCCCAUUUUUGCGGGCCUGCUGCAUUUCUUCUUCCUGGCUGCAUUCUCCUGGAUGUGUCUGGAGGGAAUCCAGCUGUAUCUGAUGAUGGUGGAAGUCUUUGAGAGUGAAUAUUCCCGAAAGAAAUACUACUACCUGUGCGGCUAUUGUUUUCCCGCCCUGGUGGUGGGCAUCUCGGCAGCCAUUGACUAUCGCAGCUACGGGACUAAGAAAGCGUGCUGGUUGAGGGUGGAUAACUACUUCAUCUGGAGUUUUAUCGGCCCUGUGUCCUUCAUUAUCAUGUUGAACCUGGUGUUCCUCAUGAUAACACUUCACAAGAUGGUCCGUAACUCAUCCGCCCUCAAACCUGACUCCAGCCGCCUGGACAACAUCAAGUCCUGGGCUCUGGGGGCUAUUGCACUGCUCUUCCUCUUGGGUCUGACCUGGGCCUUCGGCCUCCUCUUCAUCAAUGAGAACACCGUCAUCAUGGCGUAUCUUUUCACCACUUUUAAUGCCUUCCAGGGCAUGUUCAUCUUCAUCUUCCACUGUGCUCUGCAGAAAAAGGUGCAUAAGGAGUACAGCAAGUGCCUGCGUCAUUCGUACUGCUGCAGUCGCACCUCCACUACAAGCUCUCAUGGAUCGCUGAAGAAUUCUGCCCUUCGUACCAACAAUCGCUACUACACUGGCAGCCAGGCACGUCAUGCAGCGGUACACAGACAGAGUCGAAUUCGUCGUAUGUGGAACGACACGGUGCGAAAGCAGACAGAGUCGUCCUUCAUGGCUGGGGACAUCAACAGCACUCCCACUCUCAACCGUGGUACAAUGGGGAACCAUCUUCUGACCAACCCCGUGCUGCAAACCCGUACAGGAAGUUCACCCUACAACACACUGCUGGCUGAGACGUUUACCCCUCCCUCGCCUGGGGUCUUCAACUCUACUGGAACUUUCCGUGACCCAAAGAGCACACUGUCUAAGAACCGAGAUCACGGAGGCAUGGAGACACUACCUCUGAAUGGGAACUUCAACAACAGCUAUUCUCUGCGUAGUGUCGGGGGUUCGGGAGCUCCCGGGGGCAGCUGUGAUUUCCUGGGAGGCGGAGGUGGAGAUAGCCCCCCUCCCCUGCUCAACCCCCGUGGUUCAGAAACUCUCGGCGGCAUUCGAAGAAACCUCUCGGACGCAGCAGCGUUCGAAAAGAUGAUCAUAUCAGAACUUGUGCACAAUAAUCUACGAGGCGGUGGAGGGGCGGGGGGCACUGACAGAACAUGUGGCAGCCUGGUCAGAGGACAUGGGCACAUGGGAAUGGGGCGGGGCGGAGGCGGGGCAGAGCCAGCAAUAGGCAUUGAGGACAACGAAGACUUUCAUUCUAGAGAAUCACGUCAGCGCACGCCGCAAGACGUGGAACUGCUGUACAAGGCUCUGGAGGAGCCCCUGCUCCUGCAGCGUGCCCAGUCUGUGCUCUACCAGAGUGACCCCGAUGAGUCUGAAAGCUACACUGCCGACCUGACCGAGAGUUUGGGCCACAGCGGUCACAGCGGCCAAAGCGCACCGGGCCAGGGUCACAAUGGAGCCCCAGAUUCGCCUGCACGGGACUCACUCUACACCAGCAUCACUAACCUGCGAGAUUCACCUUACCCCGACAGCAGCCCAGAGCCACUAGAAGUAGUUCCACGCUCGGCUCAGCCUCCAGAGGAGCUGUACUACAGCUCGGGUCGGCCAGCCAUAGGCUCCCGCGGAGCCCCCAUGCAGACCUUCUACCAGGCUCCACCUAGGAGACCGAGCACUGAAGCCCACCCCGCCCCUGAGCCCCCUCACAGCGAGGGAGAUGGACAGAUGCAGCUGGUUACAAGCCUGUGACCACGAGAAAGAGGUGGAGGAGGAAGAGCGUCACAGGAUCUGAUACAAUGUGCCGAUGGCAAUGAUGGACUCCACUCCUGUCUCUGACGCCCUCCUUAUGUCUGGUUGCCUUUUUGCUCUUUCAUUUGUUUUGAAGUAAGAGGUAAGGAAAGCCUAAACAGUGAGAGCGACAGAGAGGUUUGUCUCCAUGGCAGCAGGCUCUCUGAAGUGCUGUGUAACCACUCUGCUCUCUCAUCAGCAUCAUUUUCUCCUCCCUCCUCGCGCACACACACAGAGAAAGAGCAGCUAUCCAACUGUCUGCCUUCUCUCAAUGGACGUCUUUGCCUUCAGCUCACUCUGCUCCAAAAAUAUCAUCAAACUUCACACCGGGCUUCUAUUUCUGUGUUUCAUUUCAAGUCCUAUCUUUAAAAUGUUACUUUUGCAUAACUCCUUACCUUCGCUUUCCUUUAGCUGUCUUUCUCCAUCAUUAUUUGAUGAGAGCUGUUACGCGAGGAAACGGGGUUAUGCCAUUAUAUUGCAAGUUACAAAAAUCUCUCUGAAAGCUCUUCAGUGUUGCCAAAAAUAACUGUUUUUGAGCCAGGACACAAACUGGAAUCUACACACACACGCGCACACUCACAGAAGUGCUUGUUACUGAACAUCUAGAGUGUGAACAUAUUCUCAUGAAAAAGGAAAACAAGGACUAUUGUUUAGACACAGGUAGCGGGAAGCUGCCUCAGUGGAGUUGCCUUCAUUUCUCUCUCUGAAAUUACUCUUCUGUAUAGAACAACCACAGAGGCUGAAAACGAGAGGGAAACGUUAGGACACAACCCAUCAUCAGCUGGGUCGUUUGAAGCCUCUCGGUCAUGGGACCUCUCAUGAAUUUAAACUCUGUAGGGUUUCGUCUCUGAUCCACAGAUGGGGGGUGGAUUAAGGACUGAAACUGCUCUCCGAAUCACUGAUGGAUGUUGUAGGUGGACGUGUUGUGUCACCUGUGUUAUUAUGGCUAGAAUAAUUUUUUUGCUACCGCUCCAGCCAUUCUUCUAGUCCGACCUCUGUACAUACGAACCACACAAAAUCAAAAGCAAGUCUUACUCUACUCGUCUCCUGUACAUAGAAGAACAAAAGCAACAAAAAAGUAUCAAAUACUAUGAAAAACAGUUCUUGUACUGCAACAGAAAUCGAAAAUACAAACUAGAUAAAUCCUGGCACAAUUUUUAUGUAAUAUAACCCAUUACAUUGUUGGUAAUGUUUGACCUUCAACAUUCCCAGACAGGAAUCGCUUGACGUGAAUGGAAGGGGAAUACACUGUGCCUCAGGGGCACACUGGUGCAUUGUGUGUUGAUUGACAAUAGCCAUAAUGUAGUGUUGGUUAUAUUGUAUCUGGAAGAUGUAAUAGAUAUCAGAAGACUAGAUGAAUAGAAUAUAAGAUAUUUAGGAGAAAAAAAAAUUGGGGGGCACAUUCGGAAAAGUUUCAGACGCAAACCCUAGAUUGUAUUUGACUGUUUUUACAUACCAAUAUCAGCUGUUGUUUCUCAAUCUGGUGUGACAGUUGAUUUACAAUUUGUAUGUGUAUGUCUGAACGUGAACAUUUGGAUGCUUGCGAACCAGAGUAUGUGAGUGUGCGAGUGUGUAUCUCAGAGGCUAUUUUUACUGGGUUAGAUGGACCCGCAUUAGAAGAACAGGAAGCAGAGUAAAUCUAUAUCUAUAUAAGAGCUCAGUAUAAGCUUCCAUCUAAAAGACUUUGUUAAAGGUAUUUUAAAUGUUGCUUUCUUUUGCCAGUCGGGUAUAAUGGAAACUGAGGUUUAGAACAAAAAUUCAAAAUAAAACAGGUUUAGCAUUCAUUGACAGGAACAUCUGACCAAUGGGACACGGCCUCUGUGGUUUAGAAUCCCCAUAUGCAAAUGAGCUGCAUAGCCUAUUGAACAAAAGAGAGGUAUUCAUGAGUGCUCCGCCCCUCUGAAGUCUACUCAAUCUUCAAGUCUUUCAUGUCUGAUGUUUUAUUUAUUAAUAUUUAUUCUUCUGUUUUGAUUAUUUAUGCACAUAUUCAUUUAUUCAGUGUGGUUUUCAUUCUGUGUACAAAGCAUAUGUGAGGAUGACGAGAGUGUGCUAUAUUUCGAAAAGCAUACUAGCAUACUACUCUUGCUGCAGUAUAUAUGAUGUAUUCUUUGCACAGUAUGCACGUUUCCUCCCAAAUUACCUAGUAAAUUUUGCCAGAAUGAGUGGUACACAACAUACAGUAAGCUGAAUUCGGAAUGGCAAAGUCCUCUUAAUAUCUCUGACAUAAUAAGAAAUAUUAAGAGUAGAAUGCUAUUAAACAGAAUUCUGCCAAUAUAAAUUAUUUUGUCCCUAGUGGUUUAAUUGACCUUUCAUUUCCAAUGUGAUGGAUGAACCGAAAAUAUUGUCUGUUAUCUUUAAUUUUCUAGUUGGAUUGGACUGCCAAAAGCAAAGAUGCUUUAUUUGACCAAAAAAAAAAAAAAAAAAAACGCUUUUGUUUCCAGUGUUUGUAAAAUAUUAUUAGCUGAAUGAUCUAACAUGAUGAGGUCAGUGAAAAAUGUUUGAAAUGUUUAUUGUGAAACAUCUGUUCACUAUUUUUAUUUCAUUUUUUUAAUACACUUUAUAAAAUGCAGUAAGUAAUAAGCUAGUAUGCCUUUCCGAACAUAGCCUUAUAGAGAAAGAGAAAGGGAGCAGGGGUGAGUAUCCAUGAUUAAUGUCAGAGGAAGAGGUGAUGUCAAAACUACACAAGUCUGCAGUCGGUUUAGAGAAGGUCUGCUGCACCCACUGUCAAAUGUGGAGAACAUUGUGCAUCCUGAAUCAACAUCCUAUCAUUCAAUCCAAGCACCAUCUGGCCUCUCUCUUUCUCUGUCUCUCACUCCUGUAAGUCUUCUAAGGGGACGUGUGUGCAAUCCAUUGCAUGGUAACUUGUACUGAUUGACACAGGGUCAGUAUGUUCACCGGUGUGCUGUGGUUAGUACACCCGGUCCUAUAUUUAGCCCGAGGCAUGUAUGAUCAGCUUUUCUUUAAAGCAAUGACCUGAACAUUUUUUUUUACUUGCUUUCUUGCAAAAAUGUUUCAUGUUGAUGAGUAGGACCAGCUUCAACUGGUCAGCAGGUUUGACCGUUUGAAUGUAUUGUCAUACACCUUUGUGAACUUGCUCUUAGAGCUUAGGAUGCCCUCUAUGGAGAUCUGCUACUGACUCAUGGCCCUCUGCUCACCUGACACCACAUCGCUGCUGUUUUACCCCCUUAUACCCUUCUGUACCGGCCCACAGAGAGGCUGUUUACCUCUCUCCCUCCAUCCCUGGAGACGUCCAAUGUGCGUCAUGUUUUGUGCAUCUCUCCUUUUUAUGCCCUUGCUGGUUUUUAUUUCCCAUCUACCCUUCUUCCACAUCCCCCCUCCUAUACCAUUCUUAGCUCACCAAAAUGUUUUUACAUGGCUUUCCUAGCUGAGCAUUAAUGUGGGAAGAUUUAUGUUAGUCAAAGGCUUUGUUUACAUGGGACUGAAGGGAUAAUAUAGUACAGUGUUGAAUAUGGUGAUAAUGACAGUGAUUAUGCGUCGUAGUAAACUGCUAGACUAAAGCCUGCUCCGAGGGACUGCUACCACCUCCAAAAUCCCCAUACAACCCCUGAUUAUCAUAAUAAUACUAAGAGCUAUAAUCUAGCGGAGUCAACCCACCAUGCUUCCGCUCUCUGGGUUUCUCACUUUGUCUUUCCCCCCCUCUCGCUCUUUGAGAGCACUUGUGUUCACUGUGCUUUAGAUAUGAAAGAGUCACCCUGAUCCGCUCUCCAUAUCGGCCUCGUUUUCAUGUCUUCACAUUCAAAUGGAGAGGCAAAGAGUGCAUGAGUAGACACCGGAUGACUAGGCCCAGACGGAAUAUGCCAGCUUUUUUCCCCAUUUUUAUGCGGAAUGAGUUCAAACAUGAUAAAAUGUGUUCGGUUGAGCUCAGAGUGCUACACUUUUAUUGGUAGCUGAAUUCAAUUUUCCAAAAUAUGAAAAGAACCCCUGAAAUCGCUUGACGAAUACAGAUUUCUUUCCUAUUUUGAAUUUCCUUUGACAAAAGAAGUUCUGUCUGGAUAUAACCCCCAUUUUUAUAUAACCAAUAACCUUUAGUCAACUAUGAUGACAGAGAGAAUUAAAGGGAAGAGCAUUCAAAUUCUAGAUCAGACUGCAGAGUUAAUGCUGCCUUCACAUGCUGUCAGAAAUGUCCUAUUUUCCACAGUUGUGAUUAGGAGCUUGUCCCAUUCAAGUGCUUUGUUGUCAGAAAGAAUAAAAUGUAGCAAUCCCAUUGGUUGACAAUCAUAUAAACAUUCACCACGCUAGAUAGUUUGCUGACAAUUCUGGAAUUUCACUCAAAUACAUGCUUAUUUCACUGUUUAUAUAGGGACAUACAAUUUGCUUCAAAUUAUAUUUCAUAUAAAGCCUAUAAAUACACUACUUUAGCGACUAGACAAAAUUAUGUAGUUUUGAGAAUGUAAUAAACAACAGCAAUGGUUGACCCCUCCAACAUGUUUAAAAUUUAAGAACUGCCCAACUCGAAAACUCUUAAGUUUCCAUGUAGAAAAUACAACUUAAGAUGUGCUCAUGUCCAAUUUCCGAUUAGGAAACUCAUUAUUUCCGAUAGCACGCGAAGGCAGCAUAAGUUCCAAACCUGCUCCAACACACCUGUCUGUUAUUAUCAAGUGCUCCUGAAGAUCUAAAUUAGCUGGUUCAGGUGUGUUGGAUCAGGGUUAGAACUUAAGGUAGAUCUCCAGAAACAGGUUUGGGUAUCCCUGUUCUUUGAUUGGAUAAAAAUGUUUUAGAACAAAAUUUCCACAGCACCAUUUCCACAGGUGCAAGAUGAGUCAUCAGCCUAUUUGGUUGGUUUUCUCAAUACUUUUAAAUGUGUAUCUUCUAAAAGUUACAUUUUUAGUAGUACAAAACCACUUGAAGAGGACAAAACAUCUCAAAACUGUCAUUUAUAUGUAAUGGGGUCUUUAAUAAUGGCACUCAAGGGACUGGAGAUGUCUUCAACUUUGUGAUUGACGCGUGUUCCAAUUCUGCAGAAAUCUUGAGUUUUCCAUAAGGGCAUAUUCUGUACGGGCCUAGGAGACUGAGUGGAACUAUGAAAGGUCCUCUUUCCAGACACCUGUCUCUUGUCCCUCUUCACAUAGGUUCCAUUGCACCGGCCUGCACCUGUGAUUCCAACAGUCUGUCACCUUGUUGUCAACCCAAUCCUCAGCUGGGGUUUGGCACCAGAGAGCCAGAGUCGUGACCUCUGAUCAUGAGCAAUCCCCCAUGGUAGCACAGGAGCUUCGCUUUUAGAGCCACAUGUUGACUUGAUGUCCAGAUAGUAGGAUAGAUGUAACAUAAAGGGAGAGAGAGAUAUGAAGUCAUUCACUGCUGUCAAAACAACAUGAACUAUCAGCCCUGGGCAAAGCACCCCACCUGCUCGGCCACACGACGUCUGACAGGCAAAGAGAGCCCCUGGAGUUAAAUGACAUGUUUUAUUGGAAUCCCUCAGUCACUGAGCGAUCAACACCUUCCUGUAACACAGAAGCAUUUUAACACCACCACAGCCACCGAACAAGGGACCAUCCUGACAGAUCUUACUUACACCCUUUUCCAUCGAAAUGGUGCUCGUGUUAAAAUCAUGUGUGAAUGUCUUUUACAACUGGCCCAUAUUUCCACUGACUUGAGAGCUGAACGAUGAAGAGUAUGUUAAUACAUAACCUGUCUAGAAACAAAGAGUGCUUCUCUGUCUUUUAAGGUGUGGAUGCAUAUACCUUUGCAAAAUUUCACAGACAAAAUCCAAUCGUUUCAAUAGGAAUUUUGCACAUGCAUUUACAGUGUUGAACAACAGAAUAGUGCAUACUUUGAAAGUGACUUCUGUGUGAAGGGUACUUUGUGCAUCACUAUCCUAUUGACUUUGGACAAUCGAUCUUUUUUGACGGUGGAUCAUUUUGAUUAAUCAUAGAAAUGCAGGGAAUUGGUGAAAUUGUUUUUUUAAAGUGACCAAAUAUUUACUCAUUUUGAGAGUCUAUUUUCAACCCAAUGUCACGGCAAUUCGUAAAUUUUUUACAGGAUGGCUUAUGCGUACGAAUUCGUACAACCACACUCGUACAAAUUCAUAUGAUUUUUGCCAAAUCGUAUGUAUUUUACGAGUUGCACAAUUCCUAUAAAUUUGUUCGAAUGACCUACACCUAACCCCGCCCCUAAUCCUAACCGUCACUGGGGUUUGACAAAUCGUAUAAAAUCGUACGAGUGAGGUUGUACAAAUUCGUAUGAAUAAGCCACCUCAUAAAAUACAUACGAAUUGGUCGUGAGAUAGCGUUGGUAUUUUACCAUCCAUAAAUCUGUAUCCUGAGCUGGCUAUGAUGUAAAGGAAGUCAUUUUAAAUAUUUGAAAUCUAUUAAGUCUUUAUUUCAUAAUAUUAAAUUUAUAGCAAAAGUAAUCAUUUCAUACACAAAACAUUUGUAAGUUAAAGCAAUAAGCCACAAGAGACCAUGUACUGCAUGAAGAAGAGUGCCUAAAACUUAAUAAUAAUAAUAAUUCCUUACAUUUAUAUACAGUAGCGCUUUUCUAAGCACUCAAAGCGCCUUUAACCAUGGUAAAAUUAAUGUAAAGGACAGGGUUGAGUGAUUAUUGUGAAAAAUGAUAGCAACAGCAAUAUGAUUGAAGAUAAAAAUGUAUAAUAAUUAGUUCAGACAAUUUCAAACAUUUCUUAUGCUUAACAAUAUAGUUAUUUUCAAUGCAAUAAUCGGGAGUGCAAGAGUAUCAGCAUUUUACAACAAACUUGGAACCUUAGGUUUUAUUAAAAUCAUUUAAUUCAAUUUGACAGCAAAAUUACAAUUAUUAUAGGCUGUUAAGUGUGACAUUUCAGUAUUUAUGGCAGUAUCAGUGGUUAAGGAGCCCCGAACCAGCUUUUUUUCUCAGGAGGAGAUGUGUGGAUUGGGCCAGAUUGGGCCACCAGCCCAGCACUGUGUCGGUGGAAAAGGGGUAACUGUCAUAAAUGGAGAAAGAACUGGCACAGAGCUGUUAAACCAAUACCUGCACACUAAUAAUGUAGUAUUAUUUGGUCUCUGCAUGUGUCUGUGCUAAAAACAGCUCAUGUAAUGUAGUUCUAAGAAUAUGUUAGACUGUGACAUGAGCCCAGUGGGGGAGGUUCAUGUUGUUAACUGUUAACCAGCUGUCUGUCAGUCUUUAACAAUGGCAGGGUUGCACCAGAAAACAGAGCUCUGGGUAAUACAGACUCCCAAAACAGUGUUCCAACACUGAUCACAAAACACUAACAUGUGAGUCAUGCCUGAGCUGUGUUGUUUCUUGUACUCUGUACAGAAGGGCAUUUUUACAUGUUUAGGUUGGACCAAUCUGAAGCAAGCUGUGGCUUGCUUUAUAGCUUCUUUUAGGCAUGCCUUUGACUGUAUGUUUGCAUAUUAACUAUGUUUGACCCAGAGGGGCCGCGUCGGCCAGCGUUCAGCAGAUGGGUGGGUGUAAACCGGGCUUCUAGAAGAAUCGCCGCAUUAUCAUACAAGCAAGUUUUUUUAAGAAACACCCAGUGAUUCAGUUCAGCAUUGUGUUAAAUGGGUUUAUUGGGUUUUGAGAAAGGAGGCAGGGUCAGAAUCACCCUAGAAUGUAUUAGGCCUUCUUGAGUUGGACUAUCAUAAAAGUACAUCCUUGUGUGGUCACGCAGUAUUAGACAUUGUAUAAGAUGAAAGUCAAACAUGGGAGAAACAAGUAGUGUUCAACAAAGGCCAGGGUGAUGAUUGUAUCAUUGAGGUUAUGUAUCUUGUACGUUUUUUGUUAGCUUAACUCAGUUUUAUUUUAUUAAAUUAUGAUGCUUGAGUCCCGUGUAACAGGAGGGUUAAUGUGAUCUACUGUUUUUAUUGAAGAAUGAUAUGUGUUUUAUUUCUCACCGUCAUUGCUUUGACAGCUGUUCGGGCCAAAGGGGAUGGUUUUAUGUAAGCGUUUGCGUCAUUGCAGGUCAGUACGACCCUGUAUCAGCACAUAUUAAUAAAAAAUUACUAAAACCAAACAA